AUGCGUGGCGUUGCCUUUGCGGGUGCAGGAACGAUGACGGGCUCCAUGGAUCUUCCGGCCAAGGGCGGGUUCAGCUUCGACCUGUGCCGCCGGAACAAUAUGCUGGAGAAGGACGGGCUCAAGCUCCCGGGAUUCAGGAAGACCGGGACAACCAUCGUCGGCCUCGUCUUUCAGAUAUGGUAUCAAGGCCAUGUCAGUGCUGCCCUUGUUCUUGGUGGAGUGGAUUGUACUGGACCACAUCUACACACUGUUUAUCCACACGGGUCCACUGAUACCCUUCCUUUUGCAACGAUGGGUUCUGGUUCUCUUGCUGCAAUGUCAGUGUUUGAAUCAAAAUACAAAGAAGGGCUUACUGUAAGAGGAGGGAUACAACUGGUGUCUGACGCGAUCUGCGCUGGUAUCUUCAAUGACCUUGGCAGUGGCAGCAACGUUGAUGUCUGUGUGAUAAUGAAGGGGAAGACAGAAUACUUGAGAAACCACCAGUUGCCGAAUCCCAGAACUUAUGCUAGUUCAAAGGGAUACAGCUUCACCAAGGGGCAGACUGAGGUACUGUACACAAAGAUCACACCUCUGAAGCAGAAGGUUGAGGUCGCCGUGGGCGGUGAAGCUAUGGAGGAGUAG